GUGCAUACCACGCACGACCUUGCCAUGGUAUGCUAAUUUCCGCUAUCGUGGGGUCACGCUGAUUCCGUGCACGAGUCCUGUCACUCCUGUGUACGAGGGAAUGUCAUAUUUGAUGGCACGGUAGGUAGAGAAGCCAUCAUGGUACGGCACUUGGGAAUGGUUUCUGUCGCAAAAGUGGCAUACCGGCAAACAGCAAACCAAGACGAUGAUCGAUCGUGCGGUCUCAGGUGGACACUCUGGGGUCACGGAAAGGAUGCGACACUGCCGACCCGGAGAAGAAAUGAGGGUUUUUAUCCAUAUUGACGGUGAGGGAUAAGUAAAGACGCCCGGAAUUGAUCCUUCGCCUUAUGGAGAGGCAUUGAGGUGAUCACCUUACCCUGCCUGAUAAUUACCUAUUCACCUCUUAAUACCGCCUGCCUGCCUGCCUUACCCUUCGAAAAUGGUACCUGGUCCAAGCGCAAAGAGGACUAGCGUGCUCGCUUUCGGCCUUGCUGCCCUGUCAGGCACUCUCGUGGGCGCCGACCGGCCCUGCGAUAUCUAUAAAGCUGGUGGGACGCCUUGUGUUGCUGCACACAGCACGACUCGUGCCCUCUAUCAGGAAUACACCGGCCCUCUGUAUCUGCUCACCCGUGAAUGUGAUGGAUCCCAUCUUGAGAUCCACCCCAGCGAAGCCGGCGGUGUCGCCAACGUUAGUGCUCACGACGAGCACUGCAAAGGCACUACCUGCGUAAUCUCCAUGAUACACGACCAGUCAAGCUCUGGCAAUCAUCUCAUGCAAGCACCGAAAGGCGGGGCUGGACUCGGGCCGGAAGCACUCUACUUUGACUCCCUCGCUGGUGCAUCUGGCGCGCCUGUGAGCGUGUCCGGCAAGAAUGCGUACGGAGUCUUCAUCGCGCCUGGCACCGGCUACCGCUCCAACGUGGCAAAGAAUACAGCAAAGGGCGAUGAACCGCAAGGCAUGUACGCCGUUUUGGACGGUACACACUAUAACGGGAAGUGCUGCUUCGACUAUGGCAAUGCGGAGACAAAUAACCGCAACACCGGGAACGGACACAUGGAAGCUAUAUACUUUGGCAAGGGAGAUGGUUUUGGUAAGGGAAAGGGGGAAGGAUCUGGUCCAUGGAUCAUGGGAGAUCUUGAGAAUGGUCUGUUCCCUGGGCGCAAGAUGAAUAAAAACAAGAAAAACCCGACCAUCGACUUCCGAUUUGUCACUGCUGUUGUCAAAGGCCAGCCUGACAACUGGGCUAUUCGUGGAGGUAAUGCUGCGGACGGGGCACUGUCGACGUACUACAACGGGCAACGGCCAAAAAAGGGUUACAAUCCUAUGAGCAAAGAAGGCGCCGUCAUUCUCGGCAUCGGCGGCGACAACAGCAACUGGGCGCAGGGGACAUUCUACGAGGGAGCCGUGACCUCUGGCUUCCCGUCCGACGAGACUGACGACAAAGUACAAGCCGAUAUUGUCACUGCCAAAUACCAGAGGGUAUUCGUCAGCGAGCUCAAAAUCGACACGCGAAAUGGCUCCUCAGUCUCCCUGCAAAUCACCACACCAGGCUUCGAAAAUUUCUACCUCGCCCACGACGGCGAGACGGUCAAAAUGCUAGAAGUAACGUCGUCCAGCGACUACAGCCUCAAACAACGAGCAAGCUGGCGAGUCCAACAAGGCCGCGGCGAAGAGACCUGCUACUCGUUCGAAUCGGUCGACAAACCAGGACACUUCAUCCGGCACCACGAGCACUGGCUCAAAGUCGACCUCAACCUCAAUCUCAAGAAGGACCGGGAAGACGCAACGUUUUGUUCGCAGCCCGGGCUGAACGGCCGGGGCCACACGUUCCGCGCCUGGACCUAUCCUGCUCGCUACAUCCGCCACGUUCUGGGACGUGGUUAUCUCGCGAGCAACGGCGGUCCGCGUGACCAGGACCACAAGCUGUCGUUUAGUGACGACGUCAGCUUCAUACUGCAUAACCCUGGCUUUGCUUGAGGUUGGGGGCGGCGCUCGUCUUGUCGGGGCUAUGCGCCCCGGAACUCUGUACAUAUGUAUUUUAAUACUGUUUUUUUUUGGAACCACUGUGUUCCUCUGUGCAUCGCCCUCCC